CGGUACAUUGUGCGUGCAAAACAUGGCGGUGUGUGGAGCUUCGUUAAAAUAUGUUAUAGGCCUACCCCGGUAUCGAAUGCGCCUUUUUCAUAAAUUGUAUAUAGGCCGAAAGGUACAGGCCUCGCUUUCGCUUCAGUCUGUACACACACGAAAGAUAUCACAGCCGGCAGCUCACUGGACAAACAAACCGAAAAUGGCUCUCACGGAGGAUGACACUCGUAAAGCUUGUUUCGAACCUGAUGAGGCGACAAAGGGAUUUUAUUUUCAACAAACAAUGAUGAGAAUUAAAGACCCCAAAGAAUCCCUGGAAUUUUACACAAAAGUAAUGGGAAUGAGGUUGCUGAAGAAAAUGGAUUUUGAGGCAAUGAAGUUCUCUCUAUAUUUCCUGGCCUAUGACGAUGGUAAAGACAUUCCUGAUGAUGAACAGAAGAAGACAAAAUAUUGUUUUAGCCAGAAAGCAACAUUAGAACUGACACAUAAUUGGGGAACAGAGACUGAUCCAGAAUUUUCAAAUUACCACAAUGGCAAUUCUGAGCCCAGAGGAUUUGGUCAUCUUGGAAUGGUGGUACCGAAUGUAGAGGAUGCAUGCAAGCGGUUUGAAGAACUGGGGGUGAAGUUUAUAAAAAGACCCAAUGAUGGGAAGAUGAAAGGAUUGGCAUUUAUUCAGGACCCAGAUGGUUACUGGAUUGAGAUCCUCAACCCUUUAAACAUGGCAGGCUCUCUCUAAAGAUGUCUCCCUGCAAUAUCACAUCCUUUUUCAUUCCUUGCAGUACAAAUGGUUGCAUCAGAUUUGUUUGUUUAUGAAAUUGUGACAGACCUUGUGCUUUUGUGUUGCUUUGAAACAAGACUUUCAAGGCCAGUUUUAAUAUAUGCAGGUCCAUCAAGAUUUAUGCCUUAAAUGUUACAUUUAAGUUUGUCUGUAUAAAUGAACAAGCCCCAGUUAUCUGUCCACUCUUAUCCAGAGAGAUGUUCCCUUACGCCAAUACCACUAAAUGUACAAGUUCAUCUGGACAAUAUUACUACAGCAAUUAUACUUUUCGUACAAAUUAUAUUUUAACAAGAAGUACUCUCUUCUUUUUAUCAUGAAUGUUUGUUAUGAGGACUGUUGUUGAUCUAUUUCAAUAUUUUUUCACAUGUUAGAAAAAUCACAAUUAUUUAUUAAAAUCACAGCUUUAUAUAAUUUGUAACAUUUCUUAAAAGAAACUAAUAAUAUUUAUGAAUUAGAUAAUACUGUAAUUUCCCUACUUAGGUGCUACACAUAUUCUAUAUAUACAUUAUGUAAUAAGAGAUGAGCUUGCAAAUAUAAAAUAUUUCUGGUAUUUGUUUCCAGUGGUUAAUAUCAAUGCAUUGUUUUCCAUUGAUGACAUACCUACAAAUAGAAGAUAUUCAUCUAUGUGUAUUAUUGUAAAUACAAAUUCACAUUUAAAUAAAAGAUGAAAGAAGAAUAUAUGGCGAUUUAUGCAAUUUCUUGAUUAUCUCCCUUGGCUGUUGCCCAAGAACCUGUGUAAAUUUGUUGAAUUUGUACAUGUGAUAAUGAUGAAGUUGUUAAAUGAUUACUGUGUUGCGAGGGAUACUAUUUACCAACAUCACAUUAAACUAUGACUGUUAAAUAUAAGCUGUGGAAUGUGUUGUAGGUCACGAUAUUGUGAUGACACUGUGUUACCAUGAUGUGUAACUAGACUGGUGUCUCCUAUAUAUUAUCUCGUCCUAGUCUAUCCUCUACCAGGUCAUUUUUGUAGCCAUUUAAGUUCUACUACUGAAGAGCUUAACAAUACUUCCCUCACAGUUGUUAUUAUUUUUUUGUUUGUUAUUUUGAUUUUAGCUCACUGUAUUUACUAUUUAAUAGUUUUAUUGAAAAGUUUCUAUUAUUUUCUCCAUAGGAGAUACUUAUCAGAAUUCCUAAUCAGGAAAUAUAAUCAUGCACAAAUAAUCUUAUGAAAUAUUACACAUUUUAACAAGUCACAUACAUUUCUUUUCCUUUGUAUGCCAUUCUAGUUGUUAAAUAUGUCCAUAAGUACUUGUUUACAUUCACGUAGAAAUGUUGAAAUACUGAACAUAUUGAAUGUAAUUGUGGAGAGGAUUCAACAGAUUUGUGAUUAUGGAUAAAAGCUAUUUUUACACAUUAUUUACAUUUUACCUAGUUUAUACAUGUGUCAAAUGUCAUUUUUGCCAAAGUAACCAUAGUUUAGCCAGUGCUACAUAUACUACAUUCAUAUUAUUUAGAAAACUAUUGGAAAUGAAAAAAAAAGUAAAAA